ACCAAAUCCCCUUAAAUUUCAAGAUAUUAACAUUUCUUUCUAAGCUUUUCUGUGUGUUUCUAGCUAAACUUGGGAGGAGAUCAAUAUUCCUAUAGGCGGUAGUGGUCUUCCCUGAAAAACAAUCUGGUUGUGGUAUGGCAGAGCCUAGCUACGUAGCGGCGGCACCACCGUCGGCAGUGGCUGUGAUAAGCCCUCGAUUCUGUGCUCCGUACCCCGUAGAUCUAGCCGUCGUGAGGAAGCUCCUCACCGUAUCAGAGGGCAACUUUGCAGUCACCGACGUCAAUGGCAACAUCAUCUUCAAAAUUAAAGGCAAGCUUUUAAGCAUCCGUGAUCGCAGCGUCUUGCUUGAUGCCGCCGGCAACCCCGUCCUCACUCUCCAACAGAAGGUAUUGACUGCACACAGAAGAUGGGAGGCGUUCAUGGGAGACAGCACAGAUUCGAAAAAUCUGCUUUUUAGUGCUAAGAAGUCUUCGAUCAUCCAAUUUAAGACAGAACUGGAUGUGUUCUUGGCUGGCAAUAAAAAAGAAGAUGCUUGUGAUUUCAAGAUUAAAGGUAGUUGGCUGGAGAGAUCAUGUACUGUAUAUUUAGGAAAUACUUCAACCAUCAUUGCCCAGAUGCAUAAGAAGCACACAGUGAAAAGCGUUGUUCUAGGAAAAGAUCAUUUUGGGGUGACUGUGUAUCCGAAUAUCGACUAUGCCUUCAUAGUUGCUCUGGUGGUGAUUCUUGAAGAGAUCAACGAGGACAGAAGUGGUGAUGAUUGAAAGCCAUCUCAGCGUAAUCACUUCUUGUAUAUUCUCACAACAGUUUCGCUACCACAUUAUAGAUACUAAAGUACUCGCUUGCCAUCUUGUGGGCAUGUCGAAUGAUCUGGUUUGCUCUUUUCUAUAGCUUUCUGUUGUAUCUGCUACCUACAUAUACAGAAAUAAAUCCUACUACUAUUUCUGGGAAAACUGGGUAGCCCAGAACAGUAGCAAAACAGUAUUUUAAUCCUUUAUAUGUUUUAAAAUGCUAAUUCUAUUUUA